AUGUGUUUGAAGGUUUUUGGACCUUUGGUUAAGGUACUUAGAUUGGUUGAUGGUGAUAAGAAACCUACAAUGGGAUAUCUGCAUGGAGAGCUACUACAAGCAAAGAAAGAUAUACGUACUGGGUUGAAUAACAUUGAAAUGAAUAUUCAGCCAAUCAUGAAUAUCAUUGACCAAAGGAUUGAGGGUCGACUUGACAGUCCUUUGCAUAUGACGGGUUAUCUCUUAAAUCCUUACUAUUUAUACAAGGACCAAACCAUUCCAUUACAUAACAAUGUGCUCACAAGUUUCUUCAAGUGUGUCAAUGCUUUUAUUCCUGAUGACAUCUCCAAGCAAAGAAAUGUCAUCAAUUCUGAGAUUAAUAAGUACAAGAACAAGGGAGAUAAUUUUGGAACACCAUGGGCUAUAAAAGGCUGUGAAGAAAUUAAAGAUGAUUAUGAUCCAGUGACUAAUUUGCAAAGAAUGGCAAAGAGAAUUUUGUCUUUGACUACUAGUUCAUCGAGAUGUGAAAGAGCUUGGAGUUCUUUUGAAGGGAUACAUACAAAAAAGAGAAACCGGCUUAGUACAACCAGAAUGAAUAAUCUUGUAUUUGUCCAAUUUAAUACAAGAUUGUUGAACAAAAGAAAAAGACAGAAGGAGAAGAACAUUGAUGUAUUAAUUGCUGAUGAUGCUAUUCAUGCUCAAGAAUGGCUUGUUGAAGGUGUUGAUGGAGAACAUGAAUCAGCUAUGGGUGUAGAAGCUGGUGGUGCAGAAGGAGAGGCAUGUGAUGAUGAUAUGGAUGAUAUUAGAGAACUGCAUGAUGAAGAUUUUAUUUCUGACAAAGAAGAGGAAGAUUUUGCUGGUACUAAUUUGGAAUCAGAUGAAGACCAAGUUUACGAUGGAGAAGAAUGA